AUGUGAAGCUGACGGAGGCAAAGGGAUCUGAUUCUUCUCUUCACGUCUUUUGUCCUCUACAAAAAAAAAAGAAAGAUCCGAAGAUCAUUAAAAAUAAAAAACGAAGCCGAUUCAAAUACUCUGUUUUCAAUUUUCAUCCUCUUCCUCUUCCAUUAAUCACUUUCGUGGGAAAGAGAGAAAGAUUAUUUAUACUUUUCAAAGGUACACACUUUCCGAUCGCUCUUUUGCGUUGGAUUUAUCUUUGCAAGAGAGAGAGAGACGAUCACCCAAUUCGAUGGAUUUAGAUAUGAACGGAGGAAACACGAGAGUCUUCCAAAGACUCGGCGGCUCCUCUCAGAAGGUUUGUUUCCACUGGCGAGCCGGCCGCUGCAACCGCUACCCUUGCCCUUUCCUCCACCGAGACUCACCGCCUCCAGCUCCAUUCCCCGGGUCGUCCUCUUCUACAAACAACAAAAGGAUCGCUGAUGAUGACGACUCUGGCUUCGCGGGUUCGAGUCACCGGAGAGGCCCCGGGAGCGGUAACAACACCUGGGGGAGAUUCGGUGGGAACAGAACGGUGACCAAGACGGAGAAGCUUUGCAAGUUCUGGGCUGAUGGGAAUUGUCCGUACGGUGAUAAGUGCAAGUACUUGCAUUGUUGGAGCCAAGGGGAUAGCUUCUCUUUGUUGACUCAGCUCGAUGGGCAUCAAAAGGUUGUUACUGGGAUUGCUCUGCCUUCAGGUUCUGAUAAGCUUUACACUGCGAGUAAAGAUGAAACUCUGCGGAUUUGGGAUUGUGCUUCUGGACAGUGUACAGGUGUACUCAAUCCUGGUGGGGAAGUUGGUUGCAUGAUUAGUGAAGGCCCCUGGCUAUUGGUUGGCAUGCCUAAUCUCGUUAAGGCGUGGAAUAUCCAAACCAAUGUGGACCUGAGUCUCACUGGACCUGUUGGCCAAGUAUAUUCACUGGUUGUUGGUACUGAUCUUUUGUUCGCUGGCACACAAGAUGGCUCUAUUUUGGUUUGGAGAUACAAUACUGCCACUAACUGUUUUGAUCCAGCUGCAUCACUCACGGGCCACACCCUUGCAGUUGUUUCUUUAUAUGUUGGAGCUAACCGACUCUAUUCCGGUUCCAUGGACAAUUCUAUUAAAGUUUGGAGCCUGGAUAAUCUGCAGUGUGUACAAACGCUUACAGAACAUACUUCAGUUGUCAUGUCUCUCAUUUGCUGGGAUCAGUUCCUUCUCUCAUGUUCAUUGGACAAUACUGUCAAAAUAUGGGCUGCUACUCAAGGUGGAAACUUGGAAGUGACGUACACUCACAAAGAAGAAUACGGCGUGCUAGCUCUCUGUGGUGUGCAUGAUGCAGAAGCCAAGCCGGUAUUGUUAUGCUCAUGCAACGACAAUUCCUUGCACCUCUAUGACUUGCCAUCGUUUACGGAAAGGGGUAAGAUUUUAGCAAAGCAGGAGAUACGUUCGAUCCAGAUAGGUCCCGGGGGCAUAUUUUUCACCGGUGAUGGAACUGGUCAAGUUAAAGUAUGGAAGUGGAGUACACAACCAACUGCUAUUCAGCCUUGAGGUUUGGAACAGAGCCCUUGUUCCUCGCCAUUGUUUACAUAUCUUCUUCUGAUCCGAGUGUCUUUUAAUUCUUUUUUUUAUACCAUCUCCGCAUUCUUGGAAUGUUUAUGGAUACAACAGUUACUUCAGAGUUGGUUGUAAAUGUUUGUCAAAUAAUCGUUGUAGGUUUCUACAAAUAAAUACAAAGAUUAACCUCA